UGUUUACAGCGGCCGAGGUGCGAGUGGCGGCCGAGGUUGGAGUGGCGGCCGAGGUUGGAGUGGCGCCCGGGCCGCGGACGCAAGGGACCGGCCCGAGGAGCUGCUGUCGCGGCCCAAAUCUGCGGGCCGCCGAGCGCGGAGUCUUGCCUCAGUGUAAUCUUGAACAUGGGUGGCGCUGUCAGUGCUGGUGAGGACAACGAUGAGCUGAUCGAUAACUUGAAAGAAGCACAGUAUAUCCGGACCGACCUGGUAGAGCAGGCUUUCCGAGCUAUUGAUCGUGCAGAUUAUUAUCUUGAAGAAUUUAAAGAAAAUGCAUACAAAGACUUGGCAUGGAAGCAUGGAAACAUUCACCUCUCGGCCCCGUGCAUCUACUCAGAGGUGAUGGAGGCCCUGGAUCUGCAGCCUGGGCUCUCCUUUCUGAACCUGGGCAGUGGCACCGGCUACCUCAGCUCCAUGGUGGGCCUCAUUCUAGGUCCUUUUGGUGUGAACCAUGGUGUGGAGCUUCAUUCAGAUGUGAUAGAGUAUGCAAAGCAGAAAUUGGACUUCUUCAUCAGAACAAGCGAUAGCUUUGACAAGUUUGACUUCUGUGAACCUUCCUUUGUUACUGGCAAUUGCCUGGAGAUUUCUCCAGAUUGUUGUCAGUAUGAUCGUGUGUACUGUGGGGCUGGGGUACAGAAAGAACAUGAAGAAUACAUGAAGAAUCUUCUCAAAGUUGGAGGGAUCCUUGUGAUGCCCCUGGAAGAGAAGGUCAGAUUCUCUUCACAGCUGACAUUUCUGUACAUGUCUCCCAAGGUCUUUUCCAGGCACUUAUGUAUAUUUAUCCUUGUAACGUUUUUUGCCAUUUCACAAAUUACAAAAAAGAAGCAGAUACAGGAGUGGGAACUUGCCCAGGUCAUACAGAACUUAGGUGGGACCAGGAUCUGGCUCAGGUGCUUGUGGCCUUUUCCUCACCUCCGUUCUUUCUCACUCCUGUUCCUCUUUUCCCCUUUCCUCCUUCCCAUUUUUCUCCCCUCCUUUCUUCUCUCUCCUUCUCUUCAUCCCAGCUAUCCUAAUUUUUAA